AAAAGCCUUAAAAAGGCCAGCAUCGAGGCUCUUAAGUCUCCGAGUGCCCCGUCGAAGCCUCAGGACUCUCCCCGGGAUGACCUCGACUUGCUCCCCCAACAUUUUCAGCAGUUCCAGGACCGGGCGUAUUGGGACGCUUUCUUCCGGGAACGCAAACAGCGGGCUUUCGAAUGGUAUGGAACUUAUAAUGAUUUGCGUCCCUUUGUUGCGAAAACGGUAGAGGGUUGGCGUGCAGGGAGGAAACGCGAGCGCGCGCUAGUGAUCGGCUGCGGUAACUCGGACUUCUCGGCCGAUUUGUACCAGGAAGGAGGCUUUCAACGGAUAGUCAACGUCGAUUUCAGUGCGUCGGUUAUCGAGGAGAUGCGAUGCAAGACGCGAGAGUCGUGCCCUGAGAUGGAGUGGGAAGUCAUGGACGUGACGGCGGGCUUGGCGGAAGGCC